UGUUUGUCGACGACACGACCCGACCGCAAAUGUAAGCGCGCGUACAGUCGCUUAUCUCUUCCGCGACGAUAAUCCCUACUCGCGUGGCUUGUCUUUCCGAGUGAUCUGCGCUACUGCGCGCUAUCUGCGAGGUGAAUUUCGAGGGAGUCGAUCGGGAAAUGUGCGCGCCAGCCGUCUUUCGCAGAGCCGCGCGAGCUUCGACAGGUGAUUCGCGUGUGACAGACACAAAGUGAUUUAUCCAUUUACUCGCAUCUCUCCUCCAGCGAGAGAGUCCAGCUAGAUUCGUUGAAGGAUAUACCGCGACCGAAUCGAAUUUCCCUCUGAGUCGAAGAAACCGGAAAUCACAGUCGAGUGCGCGGCGCCGAGCAGCCAUCGAAUUUCUUUGAAAUUUUCUCUAGUCGUCUUUCGAUCAGAUCAUUUUCCCGAAGCACCUGUGUAUUCGCGAGAAAUCUCCAAGUUCAGCGACAAACAAAGUGGCACUUUGAAUUCUCUACAACUCCAUGAAGUUCUUUGCUCGUUAUAUAUGUCACUGCAAUUGGCACAGCGCCUUCGCUUUCCUGUGACAUUAUGUUCAAGCAUAUGCAAUGAUGCAGAACGCCUCUUUUCUAGUGAUACUUGAGGUUCUCUUUGUUGCCUUGCUCAACGUAAAUAACAUAUGCAUUUGUGACAGAAAUAUCGACAAGGUGCCAGAAAAUUCUGUGCCACCAUUUCUUAGACUUUCUGUUGAUUUGAAUAAUCGGCGAACGGACGAGAUGCAUCAGCAGGCGUUGAUAAAAGAGCCACCGGAAAUAUCGUGGGAGAAUAGCCUAGGCUCGCCCAGCGGCGUGCCCUUCGAUGACGACACGAAGGAGCUACUGAAGAAAUGCUUGGACGUUUCCAUACCUCCGCCGACCAGCCUGUCGGAGUUAAUCAAGCGGAGCAACGCGUUUCCUAUCAAGUUCCCUAUCAACACCAUGAGGUUCACCGCUCUGAAAGACAGGGGGAUCAACCCGGAGACCAUUGAGUUAAACGCCAACUCGGCGUACCCUCUGAUACACGAGGCGAUGUUACCGCUAGUCGCACGAUGGCUGAAGCAGAAACGACUCUAUGGCAGUUCAGUCGAGCAAGCUCUCUACAGGGACAUGAGCCUCGUCCAGUUUAUCCAUCGCCUGCUGGAGAAGAGAGCGGUCUUUUUCUACGGCUCAAACGAUCGAUGGAUGUUAAUCGACAACAAGACUGGCGUCGACGGCUGGGAGAACGUCGGUACAGAUCACGAGAAGGAGCCGUUAGUCCUAACGAAAUGCCUGAGCUACGACGAGAUCAAAUUAUCAGCGAUGAUGGUGGUGUCGUCUCACACGGAGUUCAUAAACGACGGCGCGCGAAAGAACAGAGGCGUCGUGAGCAGUGACCCAGACGCCGUGCAACCUCGAGGGGUUAUUAUGGGUGUCAUAGGCACAAGAUUCGCAAAGCCUCGAGUUAUGGAAUAUCAAGAUAUCCUUAUCACGCCAUUGCAGAACAACGCCGAUAACGGGUACGGGCCCGCGGUGGAAGGCACGGCUGAGGAAAAACACGGAAUGCGUGUUUUAUGGGCAAACUUUUACGGCGAGGAUUACCAUCCGCUGUACGAGGAGAUUGUGAAACGCGUUAAGGCAAAAGACAACAGACGUUACCUAUCGUUGGCUAGCCAAACGGUCUUCGAUAUCGAGAACUACAUGAAGCGAACUCUACUCUCCGUAGAGAUAAUACUGCUCGAAGCAAACACCCGCGCCGAAAAGCAGAACACUACUGCUUUCUUGCACGUGGUCGGUUUCGGCCUGGGUGUCUGGAAAAUAAUUCAGGAUCAAGAAGUCUACUUUCUAAAAACGUUCGAGAUUGCGAUUAGGAAAAUGAACAAGAAGCUUAAGUAUGUUUCCGACAUUAUGUUCGCUUAUUUCCGACAACAGAAGUGCGGCGGCGCGGGAAACGGCGAUUAUCUCGGCGAUAUCAAGAUUCAUUUCGCUCUGAGAGAACCGCACAGCAGACUGAUCCGAGGUAACGACGCGAACAAACUCCUCGUCGUGACUUAUGCCUGGGACGGAAACGCUCUGCCAGGAAAUGAAUUCUGGAAUGGUUGUCUGGAGUCCAGCGGCGAUCCAGCGGCGGCGUGCAGUAGUCAAAUAACCGAGCUGCACAAUUCCAAAAUCAAUCCACGCACGUGCGGCGCCAGCUUACACGUCGCAUCCGCGGCGCAUGGAAUUCUGCACAUAUCGGAUUAUGCGAAGCUUCACCUUACUUAGGUAAUACCAGUUACCCUGACGCGCUUCCUUAUCGACGUCAGUCUUCCUUACUGGAUGAAGUUCGGUUCUGUGAUCGCAGCAACCGUAAAUGACGUUCCAUGUAUUUCACUGAUCUGCUUGUUUCCGAACUACUCGCUUCGAUUCCCUGUAUUUUUUGCAUUUGAAAUAGAAUAAAUAUAUACUCUCCACACUAUACAAUAUAUCUCUACUGUAACCGAAAAUACGAGGAGUAUUUGUUCCAUCAUCGAAAUUUGUUCAGCGACAGUAAAGUUAUCGAUAAUACGAAGCAUGUAUUUUAUUAGUAGAUACUUUAUAUCGAGAAGAGAGAAGAUGAAUUAUAUAGAAAGUAUAAUUUA